UCCGUCACAACACGCACGACAGGGUCCAGGCUACAUUCGGAACGUUCUAGCAAUUGCCAAUGGUCUAGCAAAUACUUUUCUUCUGUGUUCAGUUCACUGUCCAUCAAUAGGCAGCUUAGGUCCUCACAAGAGUUGGCCUCAGAUAUUUGAUACUCCUGAAGCAGAAUCCGAGAUGGCUCCGUCUGAAGCGAUAAAUGACGACCAGCAGAUGUCAAGUGCUACUCCACUUCUCAUCGCGCCUCCAGCAAACGAUGAUGCGAAACAAGUCACCUUGGGGUCCUCUGAGACUGUCAAACUCGAUGCUUUAGGUCCGAUAGUAGUGAAUAGUGAUGGGACCUUAUCGAGGAUUGCAAACUGGGAGAAUAUGACAAAGGAGGAGAAAGAAAGGACCAUACGUGUCGUUGCAGCUCGGAACAGGUGUGUUCAAUUGUGCCGGAAGCGGCGAGCCGUGUAUGCGGGCGCUUGAGCUGCUAACACCGCUUUCUUCCACCGAUUGAAUAGAGCUCGGCUUGCGAAGCAAGCUGACCAGAUCCAAUGAAACACAUCGCAUUCACUCAAAGACAUUUUCUGGGUUGCGCAUCAAUAUGUUUACUAGUAGAACGGUUGCAACUAAAUGCCAACAAAUUUUGGCUCCAAAAAUCAGCUCUGAAACUUUUUCCUCCAUUGCCAAUCAACCUUAACGUCAUGUUCAUGGCAGUAACUAUGCUUGGACGGAAAAGUGGUACGUAUGCGUAUCGUCAUAUGUGUAACUCAUGCAUUCUCGGUAAGCCAAUCACCAUGCCUUGAUAAUCCGAGGAUUCAGUUUGUUUGUCGGAAUGCCGCUCGAUUUACCAGGUGCUGGACGCUCAUAUCUUGCUGCCAUCUGACAGUUGCCCAGAUCCAACAUUUCUAAGAAUAUCUCAU